AUGAACCUCCGCCUAUUGAUUUCUACCCUGGCUGCGACUGCAGUAGCCAGCCCAGUAGACCUUCAGGGCCGCCAAGUGACAGAUGGAAAUGAGCUGCGAGAUGGGCCUUGCAAGCCCAUCACCUUCAUUUUUGCCCGAGGUUCCACAGAGCCUGGUCUCUUGGGCAUCUCUACUGGGCCAGCUGUAUGCAGCCGGUUGAAGCUGUCGAGAGUAGGUGAUGUCGCUUGUCAGGGAGUCGGACCUAGAUACCGAGCGGACCUACCGUCCAAUGCGCUGCCAGAAGGAACAUCCCAGAUUGCAAUCGCAGAGGCGAAGGAAUUGUUCGAACUAGCGGCCUCAAAGUGUCCCGACACUCAGGUCGUGGCCGGCGGAUACAGUCAAGGAUCAGCUGUCAUGGCUGGCUCCAUUAGGCGUCUCUCAGCGAACUUACAGGAGAAAAUAAAAGGUGUUGUCCUUUUCGGCUAUACUCGCAACGCCCAGGAGCAUGGCCAGAUUCCGAACUUCACUCAGGAUAAGGUCAAGGUAUACUGUGCCCCGGGCGAUCUCGUCUGCCACGGGACUCUCAUUGUCGCACCACCGCACUUUACAUACGUGUCUGACGCAGGAGAUGCAAGCAAUUUCCUUCUGUCCAAGGUAGGCGUCUAG